AAGAUACCAAAUUUAAUUUUUACUGCAGAAGUGGAAGUCUGAAGACGUCUCAGAAUUCUGUGAAAGUGCACAGAAAUUGAAAGUCAAAUAAUAAUGGAGAAAUCAGAGAAAACAAGAUAUUUGGAGAAGAUGAUGAUAAUUCCAAGAAAAUCCAGAUAAUAUCAGCCGUUCAAUUUCAUCAGCCUUGUCCGAUCCGAGGAGGCGCCGUUAUUAUUACCCACCCACCCCGACACUCUCCUCGCUCACUCUCUUCCUCUGAAUCAAUGGAGUCCCGCGUGCUCUCCGGCGCCGCCGUUCGCGGCCCGGCGUUCCUCCCCCGGCCGCCACGGAGGAUCGUCGGGAGCUGCAGUUUCCCGGCGGUGAAUGCGCCCGUCGUCGUCGCUGGCCGGUGGGGGAGGCAGCUUCGACCGGCGGUUCUUCUUGAAGCUUCGCCGGUGACGGCGACGGCGAAGAGGGAGAGUUUCCGUCCGUGCUCCGCCGCGGCUUCUUCGCCGGCGGAGAGCAGUGAUUCUUCCGGGGGCGCUAAAGUCGGGUUUUUGGAGAAAUACCCGGCCCUUGUCACCGGGUUCUUCUUCUUCAUGUGGUAUUUUCUCAACGUGAUCUUCAACAUCCUCAACAAGAAGAUCUACAACUAUUUCCCCUAUCCCUAUUUUGUGUCAGUUAUACAUUUGUUCGUCGGUGUUGUUUAUUGCUUGCUCAGCUGGAUGGUUGGCCUUCCUAAGCGCGCUCCAAUUGACUCAAACAUCUUAAAGCUGCUCAUUCCUGUUGCUGUAUGCCAUGCUCUAGGGCAUAUCACUAGUAAUGUGUCCUUUGCUGCUGUUGCCGUCUCAUUCACCCACACCAUUAAAGCUCUCGAACCUUUCUUUAAUGCUGCGGCAUCACAAUUCAUUCUUGGACAGCAGAUUCCACUGACAUUGUGGCUGUCAUUGGCUCCAGUAGUUCUUGGUGUUUCAAUGGCAUCACUGACUGAAUUGUCUUUUAACUGGAUUGGUUUUAUCAGUGCUAUGAUUUCCAACGUUUCAUUUACUUACAGGAGCAUAUACUCCAAGAAAGCUAUGACAGAUAUGGAUAGCACAAACUUGUAUGCCUACAUCUCAAUUAUCGCCCUCGUUGUCUGCAUUCCUCCAGCCAUAUUUUUUGAGGGACCUCAGCUGUUAAAGCAUGGAUUUAAUGAUGCAAUUGCUAAAGUGGGAAUGACUAAAUUCAUCUCCGAUCUUUUCUGGGUUGGAAUGUUUUACCACCUCUACAAUCAGCUUGCAACCAACACUCUAGAGAGAGUGGCGCCGCUCACUCAUGCAGUUGGUAAUGUGCUGAAACGUGUCUUCGUGAUUGGCUUCUCAAUUUUGGUAUUUGGUAACAAAAUUUCACUACAAACUGGUAUCGGCACCUCCAUUGCCAUUGCUGGAGUUGCAAUCUACUCGUACAUCAAGGCCAAAAUGGAAGAAGAGAAACGACAAAUGAAAGCAGCAUGAGCGCGGAAAGUGCACGGAAGAAUUCUCGACUCAAGCUGUUCCAUACUAUUCGCCGAAAAAGCAAAAUAUAGUAGCCUUCCUGAGCUCUUGCCCGGCCAUUGUGUAAUUAAUUUGAUUCAACUUUGUUUCUUCAUGAAGUAGAGAUGUCUUGUGAAGUGUUCAUUUA